GACUCUUGAGGAUUUGGAGUUUCCGGCCACCGGUGGUGGGGGUACUGAGCGCAAGUGCAGAUAAACGACGGGGGCUGCUUUGGCGUUGUAGUUUCUGAUCAAAUAUAGAGCGUUGCAUCCUAUACUUCUAAUGGAGGGGACAAUGGCUUCUACAAGUGAUGCGGAUGCAUCUGAUCUGGAGAGCAUUAAGAGAAAGUUGAUCAAGAGCCUGGCCAGCAGUUGGGAAGAAGUUGUACAGAUAUACGAGCAAGAUCCAAGAGCUCACAAGAUCGAGAUCGGCCCAUCAAGGAACACAGCAUUGCAUAUAGCAGUUUCAAGUGGGCGAGAAGGCAUAGUAGAACGACUAGUGAAGUCGAUUGCCAAGAAUGGUAACCCCGUGGAUGUUCUAUCUAUAGGGAAUAGAGAUGGGAACAAUCCUCUUCAUUUGGGGGCCUCACUGGGAAGCAUUUCCAUCUGCAGAUGCAUCACUGGUGAGUAUAGACAAAUGUUUGGUACCCGCAACAACAUGGAUGAUACGCCCCUUUUAAGGGCAGCUCGCUAUGGCAAAAAAGAUGUUUUCCUCUGGUUGUAUGAUAUGUGUGAAGGCAACGCAGCCCAUGACUACUUCCAGAACAAAUAUGGUGAAACCAUUCUCCAUCUUGCCAUUGACGGAGGAUGCAUGGAUUUGGCGUUUCAAAUUAUUUGUAAGCAGGAAGAUCUCAUGGAUUCUGUUGACCGUGAUGGAAUCUCCCCUCUGCAUGUCCUAGCUGAGAAGCCUACUGCAUUCAGAAGUGGAAUUCAUCUCGGCUGGUUCAACAAAAUCAUUUAUCACUGUAUUUCUGUUGAAGAGCUCAUCCCUGCAGGGACUUCCAAAGCAAAGAAGAACUUCUUUCAAGAGCUACGGAAGCUGAUUAAAUUACCAGGAAAAUCUAAAAAGCACUUGGAUCUAGAGAAUCCUGAAGAAGGGCAAGGAAUUGAACAUCAUGGUCAUAAUUCAACGAAUAUUGGAGCUCAAGGACACAAACCAUUCCACUCCAAAUAUGGCAGAUGCCUGAGGUUCAUCAAGCUUUUUGUAUCCCAAGUACUGCUGGUUAUCAUCUCAGUGAUGCCAGGUUCAAGCCAGGUAAGGAAGCUAAAAGAGAAAAAAGAGAUGCACAUGUGGUCUCUUCAGAUCCUGAACAAACUACAUGAACGUGCUGCAAGGUGUACAUAUGAAAUGAAUCCCAAAAAUCAUGAGGCAGGUUCAGAGUAUGAAUACCUCAUAAGGGAAAGAGAUCGGGGGAUGACACCAAUACUACUUGCAUCAAGGAAUGGUAUCGUGGAAAUGGUAGAGAAAAUCCUGCAACUGUUUCCUAUGGCCAUUCAUGACACCAACGGCUGUAAUUGGAACAUAGUGCUGGAGGCAGUAGAGAAUAGGCAAUCACAUAUAUAUGAAUUCUUACUCAACAGUAGUCAUCUUAUUGAUAAAGAAGGUGCAUUUCACGCUGUUGAUUAUCACAGGAACAAUGCAUUGCAUCUAGCUGGAAAGCUUGCAAAUUACCGCUACCUCCAGCGUAUCCCCACCAGCAUGUUGCAAAUGCAGUGGGAAGUCAAGUGGUACCAGUAUGUGCAGAAUUCCUUGCCACCAUAUUUUGUUGUUCAAAAAAAUGACAGAGGAGAUACCCCAGAUGAGAUCUUCCAAAUGGAACAUCAAAGACUUGAAGACGCAAGCAAACAAUGGCUAAAUAGCACAUCCAAUUCCUGCUCUUUCAUUGCAGCACUUAUAGCAACUGUUGCCUUUGCCUCAUCAGCCUCUGUACCUGGAGGGGUAAAGCAAGACACUGGGGAACCAGUUUUUGAAAACCAUCUGGCUUUCAGUAUUUUUGCAAUGGCAUCGCUAGUUGCUCUUUGCUGUUCAGUGAUCUCCUUGCUAAUAUUCCUCGCCAUUUUCAUCUCCAAGGACCAAGACAAAGAUUUUACUACGAACUUGCCAAGGAAUUUUUUAUUUGGGUUAACAUCUCUCUUUAUAUCCAUGACAGCCAUGUUGACCUGUUUCUGCUCGGGAAACUUCUUGAUGCUUAAGGGUCAACUAAAAUAUGCUGCAAUUCUGGUAUAUGCACUCACCGGCCUGCUAAUGGCGUACUUUGUUCUGAAGCACUUUCCAUUAUUUAUUGAUCUUCUGAAGGCUACAUUUCGUAAGGUGCCUGAGCGUAUAUACAAGGAGUAUCUGUAGAUUGCUUUGGUCUGGGCUCAAGGAGGACCUUAUGCCAUGGUGAUGAUGGCCAGAUCUGAUGAUGAUGUAAUUUUUCAGUUGUUUUGUGUCUUUCAAAUAUAUAUAUAUAUAUAUAUAUAUAUAUAUAUGACUGUAAUCUUCCUCCUGGAGUAUAGAUUCUUAUCAAAUUGAUUGAUAACACAAACAAUGGUGACCUCAUUAUGCCUCCCA